AUGCCUCUCAAACCUCCCGAGUCCUACGAGCUGGACCGACCAGAGACCAGCCCUUUCCUCGACCGAUACUCGAUAUCAUCAGACGCCUCAGACCGCGAGCUUGAGAAACUCGAUCCGCUCGUUGAAGAAUCAAGAACACCAGCAUGGCUCAGCGGAAAGCGUCAACCCAGCUGGCAGAACUGGCUGGUGCCAAGCCGCUUCUGCUGUAUGCUAGUUGGACUGUUCUUUGUGACACUGAUACUACUUCUUGGCGCUGGUGGGCUCUGGGUAACUAAGGUGGGAGGUGUUCCUGAAGACGGUCAGUCAGAGCCAUGCUAUCCAUCACCACAGGGCGGCACGCUCAAAUCCUGGAAAGAGAGCUAUGCGAAGGCUGCGGACUUGGUCAAGCAGAUGACAUUGGUGGAAAAGGUGAACAUCACUACAGGCACGGGCUGGUCCAUGGGGCCAUGUGUAGGCAACACUGGGCCUGUUGACAGGCUCGCCUUUCCAAGCUUGUGCUUACAAGACGGUCCUCUCGGUCUUCGAUUCGUUGACAACGCGAGCUCCUUCCCAGCAGGCAUCACCGUCGGCGCAACAUGGAACAAGGAUUUAAUGUACGAGCGAGGAAAGGCGCAUGGUCUUGAGGCCAGACUGAAAGGCAUCAAUGUAAUCCUCGGACCAUCAAUGGGUCCGCUUGGUCGUCUUCCGGCCGGAGGCAGAAAUUGGGAAGGAUUCGGGUCUGAUCCAGUACUCCAAGGCAUUGCAGCUGCGCAAACCAUUCGCGGCAUUCAGGACUCUGGCGUCAUCGCGACAGCCAAACAUUUCGUGGGCAAUGAGCAGGAACAUUUCAGACAGUCAUGGGAAUGGGGCACGCCGAACGCCAUCUCUUCCAACAUCGAUGAUCGCUCUCUGCACGAACUCUAUGCAUGGCCCUUCGCCGAUUCCAUCCGUGCUGGUGUUGCGUCAGUCAUGUGCAGCUACAACCAGGUAAACAAUUCAUACGCCUGCCAGAACAGCAAGCUCAUGAACGGCAUCAUCAAGGAUGAAAUGGGCUUUCAAGGUUUUAUUCAAAGCGACUGGCUGGCCCAGCGAUCAGGCGUCGCGAGUGCUCUAGCUGGUCUGGACAUGAGCAUGCCUGGAGAUGGACUUAGAUGGCAGGAUGGCGAGACGCUUUGGGGUGGCAAACUUACACACGCUAUCUUGAAUGGCUCGGUGCCCAUGGAUCGCCUAAAUGACAUGGUCCUGCGAGUUGUCGCUGCUUGGUAUCAGCUUGGACAAGACGAUAAGAAUAAAUGGGGCAACAACUCUUUGAGCAGUGCCGCCACCUUCAGCAGCUGGAGUGACAAGGAGACUGACAUCUUGCACCCUGGCUCACCUGGAAGUAAGGAGAAAGGCGUCGUGAACAAGUUUGUGCCAGUCCGACACACCACUGAAGGCGGAGACCACGACAAUCUCGCGCGGAAAAUUGCUGCAGAGGGGAUCGUUCUGGUCAAGAACGACGACUCUGUUUUACCCAUCAGCAAGGACGGCUCAAACAUUCUCCAAACUACGUCUACAACAAGCUCCUCGAAGAAGGUCAGAGUCGGCAUCUUUGGUGAAGACGCCUUCGCCAACCCACGAGGACCAAAUGCAUGUGUUGAUCGCGGCUGCAACGAGUACACGCUCGCUGCAGGCUGGGGCUCUGGCGCCUCCGACUUCCCAUAUCUUGUUGCACCUUUCGAUGCACUAAAUGCAACCUUUGACCAUGAUGCCGUAGCCAUCACUGCGCAUCGUGAGCAAGCUGCGAAAUCUGCGGGUCGUAUUGCAGAGGAACAAGAUUUAUGUAUCGUCUUUGCGACAUCCGAUUCAGGGGAAGGCUUUCUAAGUUGGAGUGAUGUCAAGGGCGACCGGCCUGCAUUGAAGGUGCAAAAGGAUGGCGAUGCUCUCAUCGCCGCAGUCGCCGAAAAGUGCGGAAAGUCAAGUGGUUCUGCAGCCAACACUGUCGUCGUGCUUCACGCGGUGGGACCAACAAUUUUGGAAAAAUGGAUUGACCUUCCUGGAGUCAAGGCCGUGUUGCUUGCUCAUCUUCCUGGUGAGGAGUCUGGCAACGCUCUAGUAGAUGUGCUUUUUGGCGACGUGAAUCCAUCUGGUCGCCUACCCUACACCAUCGCGAAGAAUGAAGAUGACUAUGGUCCAUCAAGCAAGAUCCUCACAAUGCCGAAUCAUAUCGUACCUCAGCAGAACUUCAGCGAAGGUCUUGACAUUGAUUACCGCUACUUCGACAAACACAACAUUGAGCCACGAUAUGAGUUCGGAUACGGCCUUUCAUACACGCAAUUCCACCUAUCUUCCAUCCUCGUCAAUCCCAUCACUGUGAGAGGCAAUCAACCAGCCAAGCGACCAGAUGGCCUACAACCGCCGCAACUUGAUAACACAAUCCCGGGCUCAAGCACGGCCGUCUUCCCAGAGGGCUUCCGAAAGCUGAAGAAAUACAUCUACCCUUACAUCGAAAAAGCAACCUCGACCCCACCAAAGCAAACUCCAGACUACCCACCCACCUUCAACCCCAGCAACCCACACCCACCCUCACCAGCCGGUGGCGGCCCAGGCGGAAACCCCGACCUCUUCACCAAAGUGGCCACAAUCCAAGCCUCCCUCGCCAACACCGGUCCCGUCUCCGGCUCCGCCGUCGUCCAGCUCUACAUCUCCUUCCCUCCCGAAGUCCGCGACAUCGAUGGAGAACUCGUGGACAUGCCGGUGAAAGUGCUACGAGCUUUUGAAAAAGUCUUUGUCGAGACUGAUAGGCGGGAAGAGGUUAAGCUGGAAUUGACGAGACGAGAUCUCAGCUUUUGGGACGUUAAAGCCCAGAAUUGGAUUUUGCCGAAGGGGGAUUUCACGGUGCGGUUGGGGUGGAGUUCGAGGGAUUUGGGGCAGGAGGUGAAGUUUAAUCCUUUUGGGUUGGGGGUUUGA